AUGGCGGCCACUCGGCCCUUGGCCCAGUGCGUGUCCCUGGCGCUGAGGGGCGUGUUGAAGGUGUGUGAGCUGUGGCUACUACUGGUGGGUCCCGGUUUGAACUCGAAGUCUUUGCCACACGAAGAGGACACAAAUUUUAUCAACCAGUACGUGAAUCUCCAUAACGAUCUCCGCGCCACCGUGUUUCCGAAAGCCAAGAACCUGCGCUUCAUGACAUGGGAUGUAGCUUUAGCACGAACUGCAAGAGCAUGGGGAAAAAAAUGUUUGUUUGAACAUAAUACUUACUUAGACAAAACUGGAAUGGGUCAUCCUACAUUUCGUGAUAUUGGCGAAAAUAUGUGGGCUGGUCAUGAGGAUGGAUUUACUGCAAGUACUGUUAUCAGAAGUUGGUUUGAAGAGAGGAAACUGUAUAAUUUUGAAAAGGGUGUUUGCGUUGGUGACUGUUCUCAUUAUAUUCAGCUUGUUUGGGCCAAGUCUUACAAAGUUGGAUGUGCUGUUACUCCAUGUUCAAAAGUUGGAAAUUUCACUAAGGCAGCACUUUUCAUAUGCAAUUAUGCUCCAGGAGGAAAUAUAUCAAGAAGGCCUUAUGAAGCAGGAGUAUUUUGUACUGCAUGUGAUCCUGGUGACAAGUGCACAGAUCUUCUAUGCAGUGAUGCAGAUCGUGACCAAGCCACAUAUUACCAAUAUUGGUAUCCACGUUGGGAAGUGCCCCGCCCACUUGUGUGUAAUCCACUGUGCAUGUUUAUUUUAUUAUUGAGAACACUAUGUUUUAUUAUUUGUAUCAUAACUGUCUUCAUAGUACAAUCUCAGUUUCAAACUGGCUUGGAAAAAGAAAUGGUAGUUUCCACUGAAGAAUCUGAACUAGAGACAAGCACUACAGAGAAGACGAGAGAGUCAGAGGAAGAGGAGGAUGAGGAUGAAGAUGAAGACACUGAAGAAGAUGAGGAUGAGGGGUAG